GUUUGUUGAUCUUGGCAUAUCCCAUGAUUCUUGGAGCGGAAACAGGAGUUGGCCUCUUUUUCGUGACCAUCCAAAAUGACCUCCAAGAGGAAGAAGACUAGGAAGCUUAGAGGCCAUGUCAGUCAUGGACAUGGGCGUGUAGGUAAACACCGUAAGCAUCCUGGUGGUCGUGGUAAUGCUGGUGGUCAACAUCAUCACAGAAUCAACUUUGACAAAUACCAUCCUGGUUAUUUUGGAAAAGUUGGCAUGCGUCACUACCACCUGACAAAACAGAAAUACUUCUGUCCAACCGUCAAUCUGGACCGUCUGUGGUCCUUGGUCUCUGAGCAAACCAGAGACUUUUACAAGAAGAAGACAGAUGUUGCACCAGUCAUUGAUGUUAUCAAAGCAGGUUACUACAAGGUUUUGGGCAAAGGGGUCCUUCCCAAGCAGCCUGUUAUAGUAAAGGCCAAGUUUUUUAGCAAAGCUGCCGAGGCUAAAAUCAAGGAAGUAGGGGGCGCGUGUGUCCUCUCAGCCUAAGAGACUGAUAGCAAUUACAACUCAAUUGACAUUUCUGUACAAAGCCGAGAUAUGAAGAGAAAAAUGAAAUUAUGUGAAAACUG